UCUAAGAGAGAAUGUAAUGCAAAGCUCUCACUUGUGAUUUUUGUCUUUCUUAUCCAAAAGCGAACGAGGAAAGGCCUCUUGUCCUCAUGAGUCUGGGGUGUACAUUUGUCAUCCCAGCCUGAGAUCAGCAGUGGAGGCUGGUGCAGAAAAGAGGAAUUGUGGGAGGUGCUUCCAUGAAGAAAUGGACCAGUGUGCAUAAUCAUGGACUCUCCUUGUUAGCCAUCACCACCUGUUCUCUUCGAUGAGGAAGAGUGGGUCAGGGGAGAGGGAGAAGAAGUCAACAUGAAGCUAAAGCAGCGGGUUGUGCUGCUAGCGAUUCUCCUUGUCAUCUUUAUCUUCACCAAAGUUUUCCUGAUUGACAACCUAGACACCUCUGCUGCCAACCGGGAGGACCAGAGGGCUUUCCACCGAAUGAUGGCUGGCUUGAGGGUGGAGCUGUCGCCCAAGCUGGACCACACCUUGCAGUCUCCCUGGGAGAUUGCUGCCCAGUGGGUGGUUCCCCGGGAAGUAUACCCUGAAGAGACACCAGAGCUGGGGGCAAUCGUGCAUGCCAUGGCCACCAAGAAAAUCAUUAAAGCUGAUGUGGGUUAUAAAGGAACACAACUGAAAGCCUUACUGAUUCUUGAAGGAGGACAGAAAGUUGUCUUCAAACCUAAGCGGUAUAACCGAGACUAUGUGGUAGAAGGGGAACCAUAUGCUGGUUAUGACAGACACAAUGCAGAAGUAGCAGCCUUCCAUUUGGACAGGAUUCUGGGUUUCCGCCGAGCCCCCUUGGUGGUUGGCAGAUUUGUUAAUCUACGGACAGAGAUCAAGCCCGUUGCCACGGAGCAGCUCUUGAGCACCUUCCUGGCCGUAGGAAAUAACACUUGUUUCUAUGGGAAGUGUUACUACUGCCGAGAGACAGAGCCAGCCUGUGCUGAUGGAGACACAAUGGAGGGAUCUGUCACACUUUGGCUUCCAGAUGUGUGGCCUCUGCAGAAACACCGACAUCCCUGGGGCAGGACUUACCGAGAGGGCAAACUGGCCAGGUGGGAGUAUGAUGAGAGCUACUGCGAUGCUGUGAAGAAAACAUCCCCUUAUGACUCCGGCCCGCGCCUCCUGGAUAUCAUCGACACCGCUGUCUUCGACUACCUGAUUGGAAAUGCUGACCGCCACCACUAUGAGAGCUUUCAGGAUGAUGAAGGCUCUAGCAUGCUCAUCCUUCUUGAUAAUGCCAAAAGCUUUGGGAACCCUUCACUGGAUGAGAGAAGCAUUCUCGCCCCUCUCUAUCAGUGUUGCAUGUAAGUUCCAUACCUCACACAUGUUUGCCUGCAUUGCUUUCCUUUCCAGGCCCAGGAAGCAGUGCAUCAGUUCUCAUGGCCUUAACACUUUCCAUGCCUUUCCGACCCAGAACCCAUGCAGAUCCUGAGUCGGGGCUCGGAAAGGUGGAGGCAGGUAGCCCAAAGCUCAGAACUCAUUUCAAGUUUUGUAUGAGUAUAAAAUUUCAAUCUAUUUAAUAAUGCAUAUCCAUGUUUACUUUAAUAUCAGAACAUAGUUCUCUUUUUCCAAAAUCUAGUGCAAUCUAUGUCCCGCUCGCUGAUCUGUGUUUACCCUGCAGUUUGAAGUCUUUUCACUCACUACCACAGACCACCUAUGGUUUGCAUAUCAACUUGAAAUUGUGUAAACCAAAAGUAACUUUUUCCAUGGGAAUUUAGUAAUUUAUUUUUUUAAUGUCUGUAUUAGAAAACAAAGAAAUUAAAAGUAAAUUAAGAAAAUGAGAUAAAGACUGGGCCUUGUGUGUUUGUACCGAGUUGGCCCUCUCUCUGAAUGCCAUGGUACCAGCUGCCGAUGCCUGAACUCUGCCUGCACUCUGGAGGGCUGCUUCCUGCUCACUUUGCACCUGUCAA